UCUCUCUCUCUCGUUUCACAAUUUGUCUCUUUAGUCAUUGCCUUCUCUCUUUCUCCCUUUUUUUGGUUUGGUAGACCUGACCUCUUCUCUUUCACACACGCUUUUUCAAGUUCCAAACUCAAACAAUAGGAGGAGAACCAUGGGAGAAGUACUCAAUCAAGAACAGAUUGUCGAGUUCAAGGAAGCCUUUAGUCUGUUUGAUAAGGAUGGAGAUGGUUGCAUCACCAUUGAAGAAUUGGCCACUGUGAUAAGGUCACUGGAUCAAAAUCCAAGUGAGGAAGAACUGCAGGACAUGAUUAGUGAAGUUGAUGCUGAUGGAAAUGGAACCAUUGAGUUUGCGGAAUUCUUGAACCUCAUGGCCAAAAAGAUUAAGGAAACCGAUGCAGAGGAGGAGCUUAAAGAGGCUUUUAAAGUGUUUGACAAAGACCAAAAUGGUUACAUUUCAGCCAGUGAGCUGAGGCACGUGAUGAUCAAUCUAGGGGAGAAACUGACUGAUGAAGAGGUGGAGCAGAUGAUCAGAGAGGCUGAUUUGGAUGGUGAUGGUCAAGUCAAUUACGAUGAAUUUGUCAAGAUGAUGACGACCGUUGGAUAAUUGCUAGGACUUGAUUUUCAUUCAUUGUGAUCCAUUCAGAUUAAUCUCUUUUACUAAUUUGUAUUCUUAAAAUCUAUUUCUUUCAAUGGUUUGGUCAAUUGUUAACUUAGUAUAGGGUGAUUGUAAUCCAAUUUAAUUAACUAUGUAUUGGAUUCUUUCAUCUUCUUGAAGGAAACAAA